AUGGGGAACUUUAGUAUGCUUUCAGUAAAUCUAAUCUCCAACAUUUUAACACGUUUACCAACGGAAUCAGUUCUAGACUAUUCUGCUGGUGCUUGUGAUGGUAAGUGUACUUUCCUUUUCCUGAAUAACAAUCCAAUUCAAGCAUACAUACAAUUUCAUUAUUUAGAAUUGUAUGAUAAUGAGUAUUCAUCUUCAGAGGAACAACCCUGCCACAGAGUUACAAGAAUCAAACUAAACCCUGCUCCGUUUAAGUAUUACAGUUUAACUGGCUCCUGCAAUGGUUUAGUUUGUCUUUAUGGGUGCCCUGAUGAUGAGACCGUGAGUUAUGAACCAGCCCUUUACAUUUGUAAUCCCAUCACAAGAGAAUGCGUGUCUCGACCGGAAUUUGAGAAAAAGUCCGGUCGUGGUCAAGGAUUGUUAACUGGAUUUGGUUAUGUUUCUAAGACGAAUGAGUACAAGGUUAUUAGAGUUUAUAACUUGUUGGAAGAGCCCAAUUUUGUACAUGUUGAGGUGUACACGCUUGGAAGUGGUAAGGGAUGGAGAAAAACAGGAGGGAAAUUUAAAGAAAACCUGGACUCGUUUGUUUCUAUACGUGCUGUGUUUGUGAAUGUAUUGGAAUUUCUUUGUUGGCAGCUUAAAGAUGGUAGAGUUUUGGCUUUUGAUUUAUCUUGUGAAACAAUUUACGAAAUUCCUACAUCUUGUGGCACUCCUUGGCAGCGUUUUAGACUUGGGGUUUUAGGGGGUUGUUUGUCGGCAACUCACCUUCAUAAAGAUUCUGAUACUUAUCAUGUAAUGGUACUGAAGAAGAAGACUGAAAAUGGGCCAUUCACAUGGAUUGUAGAAUUUAGACUACAAGAAAAUACCAAUUGGUCCUAA